CCAAAGGUUGUCAGGAUUAGGUAAAAUUUCAAAGAUCUUUAAAAGUUGUUUUUUUUUUUAAGUACGUAACACCGACCCCUAAUCGUACAUUUUCACAACUUUAUCCCCACGAUACGAUCAUUGUUCUUGCUUAGCUGGGACUGAAUGAAUCACCUCCACGUUGCGCGCCUAAGGUGUGCCUGUCAACUAAUUGGGUCUCGAUAAUGCCUGAGCACCUCGACCCGCCUUCACAAGAUGCUUUGAGACUUCUCUCACGAUCUCCACAUCCCUACUAUCGCCAACACUCCGAGCUACUUGAGCCAUCCGACCGCUUGACCUAUGCAACCUCAAAAGGAGACGCAAAAUCCGUCCCGCCCGGCGUUGAGAGAGAGGUUACACCGAGUAGCGAUAGUGGCACCGAGGCUGACGAUGAACACUUCCUCAAAGGCUUGCCGGCGCCUAAAAGGUUUCGGAAGGGAUUACGAGGACGCAAUGAAGCCCUAUCGGGUAGCUCGACCCCGAUACCCUCGCCUGCCGUCCUUGAGGAAGAAGGAAGACAAAUGUCCUAUAAUAUGAAGAAAGAUGACAUAAUUGGCAAAAGACUCAAAAGUCCCGCCGACAAGGCGCGGAGGAGGAAGGAGAUUGUACGGCGCUCUAUCGAAUUGCUACUCAUCGGAUUCCUAGGUGUUGUGGUUUGCACAAAUACUCACGUCCAAUCCGUACUUCACAGAUGGGAUCGAGAACUAUAUGUCUGGAUAGGGGUAUCACUCGUUCUGGUGUUACUUUAUCCCUUGCGACUCGUGGUAUGGGCUUAUUGGUAUCGGACGCCCUCAAGGAAAAUCCCGAUAUCUAUACCACCAUCUUUCGACCCUGCACCGUUAUUAUACCCGUCAGCUAUCACCAUCUUCGUCUCAUUACUUCUUGCCGCUGAUCAUGAGGCUAUAAUGCUGCCUAGCAUUAUCCUUGCUAUAUGCUCUUUACCACCGGCCGCCCUUCCCACCUUGUCCAGUGCCGGUCCAGGGUGCGACUCUCUGCACUGGGUGCUCUCAUGCGCACCCCUACUCUUAAAGCGGGCUUCUUGGGGACUGCAUGGCGCCCAGACGAAUGCCGGAGAAAUCGAGGUUUCGUUGGCAUCUAUCUCAUUCGAAACUGCGACUUUAUUGUAUCCAUUACAUCAAAAUCUCUGCUCGGUCUUACUUACCCUAACUACGACUAGUCUUCUGACAGCUGAACUACAAUUGUUAUCGAUCUCGCUCAUCGAUCUUUUAUUCCUCGCAUCUUCACCACAGGCCGUGAUCCUAAAGUCACUACUCUGGGUAGGAGGCCUUGAUAUUCUUGUUCUGUGUGGUCAAACCAUCAGAUGGGGGAUCUCUUUGGCUCGUGUACCAAAGUGGCGUUUUAAAAGGACCCCUAACUCCUCUAAACCAGCGCCUUCUUUCUUUUCAAGCAUCAUGCCGUGGAGGAGAGUAAGACACGAUUUGUUUCAUGCCCCAGUAGAUAGCUCUUCCUGCAGUUCCUGCGAAGCAUUUGACGGCCCGGAAGACAGCGACGACCCAGUAUCUACUGCAAUUAGAGGAUCUAGUCGCGCCAAAACCAUGCUUGAUGGCGUUGGUUCUGCGGGGGUCGAGGAAAAUUUACCCCCUACUAUCAACAUGGGUCAGAAGUUCCUGCCCAAUUCUGUAGAAGUGAAGUCUGGAUCGACGCCGCUUCGUAGACACACCCUAACUGGCGUAGACAAUCUACCGCGCAAAUCUCAUACACAUACGCCGUCCGGUCGUAGGAAGCUCAAUGCCUCUCGCUCCGUCCGUGCUUUCUUCUUGCUCACGCAGAAACAGGCUACAACGCGAAAGUGGAUUUAUGCUGCAUAUGUGUAUAUAUGCAUUAUAGGUGCUAUAUUUCUUCCUCUUCCAUUUGUCGGUGUCAAAUCUGUCAUUUCAGACGACGCACUUCGCGGUCACGAGCCUGUGGGAUGGGCUUUGGGCUAUUUGUUCGGAGAUCUACCUCAAUUUAGGUGGGAAGUUGUCAGCCGGAAUUUAGAGCGAUGGGUAUGCCUUCCCCCAAGGCCAUCUGGCGAACUUGAGCACCCCGUUUCGUUGGGUUGGAUCAACGAUCUCCGUCAGCUAUAUUUUGGCCAAGCCAAUACACGCCUCUUAUUAAGCGCGUAUUUUAUAAGUGUCAUUGCAAUUGGAUUGAUAGUGGUAUUUCGGCUAUCACCUAUAUAUGAGGUAGAUACACGGCGGAAGGUUUUCCAUUUCAUGAUGGUUGCUAUGUUCCUGCCGGCUACUUACACAGAUCCAACGUUUGCAGCUCUGGCACUGUCUGUCGUCCUCGCUCUUUUCCUCCUGCUCGACCUCCUUCGCGCGAGCCAACUUCCGCCACUCUCGAAACCGCUAGCUUCUUUCCUAGCUCCGUACGUCGACGGGCGAGAUCUUAGAGGCCCAGUUGUUAUCUCGCACAUAUUCCUUCUUAUCGGUUGUGCAAUUCCACUGUGGCUCUCGCUAGGUUCACUCCCGCGGGACGGGGUUGGAUGCCUGGACGGCUGGGAGGUGCCCACGAGAGAGGUCAGUAUGGUAUCGGGUGUCGUGUGCGUAGGGUUAGGCGAUGCAGCCGCUUCUCUGAUCGGACGACGUUAUGGGCAGCGAAAAUGGCUGUGGGGUGGUGGUAAGAGUCUUGAGGGAAGCGUUGCCUUUGCCUUUGCCGUCUUCGCGGGACUCGCAGCAGCCCGUUUGUGGCUACGCAUCGGUGAAUGGCCUCAGGCGAAUGGCAACCUGGACACGUGGAGUGUCGCAGCCCAGAAGAUGGGUAUAUGCGCCGCCACGGCUAGUCUCACAGAGGCUGUCCUAACUGGUGGUAACGAUAACGUGGUGGUGCCUGUGGUCCUGUGGACAUGUGUAAAAGGUUUUGGCAUUUAGGUUGCCAGUGGUGGUGAAGGGUAGACGAUAAGGGAUGAGAUGAAUGAAUGAAUGAGAGUUCGGCGUCCGGUCUGAAAAAUUCGGCAUUUACGAGGCCUCCCAAAAUGGGGUUAGAAGGUAACAAUCGGCAGGCCUGACUUAUAGACCAGAUACACCCGCCAGGCUUUGGCUGGCGUUUAUUAAUGCUGUGACGUAGAUAUAUCGUUGCAUAAUGAAUUAAGAAAAGGCGGAAUGAGCUAAGAGCAACCACCGUGAUACCUAUCGGUUGACAGUGAAUGAAUUAAUUAAGCUAUACGGUUUAUUGUGGAUUAAACGGCAUAUCCGGGUUCUUUGUGCGCUAGAUACCGGUGUUCUAAUUACCCCGUGCUCCUUAAGCUGAACCCGGAUUCAUUCCAUAGGCAGUAGUAGGUAC